GAAACGACAGUUAUUAUUGUUAUUAUUAAGAGGAGGCCCAGAGGGAGCCUUUCUUAGCCUAUCAUGGGAAGCCUUGGCCUUUGGACUCAAAGGUGACAGGUCCACCCGCUCCCCCAUACACUCUUGUCACCCAAGAUAACUCUUUCAGCCGCUUGAAGGAGCUAUUUUAAAGAGCCCCCAAGUCAGAGGAACUGAUACAGAUCUGAAACUCACUGACCUUUCCCUGUCAUCUCCCUGCCCCUCACAGACGUCUCUUGUAAAGUGAUCUAGGCUGUCAACUAGCUUUCCUAGGAUAAGGUUUCAGGUCAGCUGGAGUGUAUAAUGAUCAGUGCCAAGCCAGCGGCAGCAGAGGAAACAGUGAAUGGCAAGGAGGGACAAUCAGAUCCCUGCUGCUGCCCUCCCAGGAUGGAGCCUUAAGGAGCCCCUGUGUUCCCCCUACCCUGGCUGGACUCACAGCCUCCUCCCUGCACUAAAGCCCAGGGCUGUGGCGCAGCCUUUCUCCUUGGGCCUCCAUUGGGCCCCGGAGGGACCGGACAGAGCCUUCUGGGACCAUGGUUGGACUGAAGCCUUCAGAGGUGCCUCCCACAACGGCUGUGAAGUUCCUGGGGGCAGGCAUGGCAGCCUGCUUUGCUGACCUCCUCACCUUUCCACUGGACACAGCCAAGGUCCGCCUGCAGAUCCAGGGGGAGAACCAGGCGGCCCAGGCGGCCCAGAGUAUGCAGUACCGCGGUGUGCUGGGCACCCUCCUGAUCAUGGUGCGCACGGAGGGCCCCCGCAGCCCCUACAAUGGGCUGGUAGCUGGUCUGCAGCGACAGAUGGGCUUUGCCUCCAUCCGCAUCGGCCUCUACGACUCCGUCAAGCAGUUCUACACUCCCAAAGGAUCAGACCACUCCGGCGUCACUACUCGGAUUUUGGCGGGCUGCACCACUGGGGCCAUGGCGGUGACCUGUGCACAGCCCACAGAUGUGGUGAAGGUCCGAUUUCAGGCCAGCAUACACCUUGGGCCCAGAAGUGACAGGAAAUACAGUGGGACUAUGGAUGCCUACAGAACCAUUGCCAAGGAGGAAGGAGUCAGGGGCCUGUGGAAGGGAACGUUGCCCAACAUCACAAGGAAUGCCAUUGUCAACUGUGCUGAGAUGGUGACCUAUGACAUCAUCAAGGAGAAGCUGCUAGACUGUCACCUGCUGACCGACAACUUCCCCUGCCACUUUAUGUCUGCCUUUGGAGCUGGCUUCUGUGCCACAGUUGUGGCCUCCCCGGUAGAUGUGGUGAAGACUCGGUAUAUGAACUCACCCCCAGGCUGGUACCGCAACCCCCUGCACUGUAUGCUGAAGAUGGUGACCCAGGAGGGCCCCACAGCCUUCUAUAAGGGAUUUACACCCUCCUUUCUGCGUUUGGGAUCCUGGAAUGUGAUUAUGUUUGUAACCUAUGAGCAGCUGAAACGGGCCUUGAUGAAAGUCCAGAUGUUACGAGAAUCUCCAUUUUGAACAAGAUAGGAAGGCCGCUUUGUACUUACUUAACCACUAUGAAACCAGUUAAGGAUGGAAUAAAACAGUGGAUCUGUGCACACGUGAACACAGACCCACACGUUUAUAGAACUGUUUACUCGCAGUAGGAGUGUCAGAAGUAGAAGAGAAGGAAAGAUUCAGAUCUUCAGUGCUUUGUUUUAAGAACACAUCCUUCUGCACUGACAAGAUGGAAAAUAAAUUAUAUUAAUUUUUGAAACACAUUAGGUUGGAUGCCUA